GUCCUCACAAAGGACUCGGUUACGGUGGCUGUGGAUGCGGUGGUUUAUUAUCGAAUUUAUAACCCUGUGGUUGCAAUUACUAACGUAGAAGACGCUGAUCGAUCCACACGACUUCUUGCCGCUACUACCCUACGCAAUGUUCUUGGCACAAAAAAUUUGGCUGAAAUCCUCUCCGAGCGAGAAUCCAUCUCCAGUAGUAUGCAGGCUUUCUAUAAAUUUAAUUGCAAAAUGGCCCAUAACAUAUGGAAAUGUAACAGGACUGGGGAUCUUUACUAA